AUGCGCGCCAUCUCCGCGACGCAACGCAUCUGCGGACGGUGCCGCCUCCACGCCCAAACGACAUCACCACCCGUCGCCUCCGUCUCACUAGCCGCAAUAAAACCCCGCGCACUCACGACGCGCCCGCGAAACCCAGCAGCCCACCAGACGCGGCGAUUUACCCAGCGGCCGUCUCUCGCCGCCUCCUCCUCCUCCUCCUCGUUCUCCUCCUCGGCGGCAGCAGAAGCCAACGCGGCCCCCAAGACGGCGCCGUCACCACCGCAAACCCUCUACUCCUUCUUCCCGCAGACCCUCCCCGACGGACCACCCCCGAACGGCCACUUCCCCAUCAACCUGCGCUCCCUCCGCGCCGAGUUCCUGCGCCUCCAGUCCCGGCACCACCCGGACCUGCACCCGGCGUCGUCCAAGCCGCAGGCCGAGGCGACGAGCGCCGCCGUCAACAACGCCUACAAGACGCUGUCGAACCCGCUCCUGCGCGCGCAGUACCUCCUCUCCCUGCAGGGCGUCGACGUCGCCAACGACGAGACGCUCAAGGUGGAGGAGCCGGAGCUGCUCAUGGUCGUGCUCGAGGCCCACGAGACCAUCGAGGAGGCCCGCAGCCCCGCCGACCUGGACGGGCUGACGGCCGAGAAUGAGGAGCGCAUACGGCGCUGCGAGGAGGUGCUGGAGGAGGCCUUCCGGGAGCACGAUCUCGAGAGGGCCAAGAGGGAGGCUGUCCGGCUGCGGUACUGGGUGAAUGUGAGGGGGGCCGUGAGUGACUGGGAGGAGGGGAAGCCUGCCGUUUUGCAGCAUUAG